CGUUCCUGAGAUCCCGUGAUGCUCAGCCUGGGCCCGUGAUGGAGUCGGUAGCCGCGGAAAACUUCUGAAUUUCGAUCAAUGUUCCUCACUGCUGCGGAUUCGAACGCUCGCUCAUCGCUCAAUCGCUUCCCGGAAUUCAUCGGCGCUAUCUUCCGGUGUAGUCUGAAAAAUUCAUUAGUUUAACUCAAGACUGAAAUGCACGCGGAUUCAGUGAGGUCGGGUCCUCGGCCGUCCGAGGUACUGGACGAAGGAGUGCUGCUCUGCUCCGGAGGCUACGACAAUGUUAUAAAAGUUUGGAGCGCUUACUCCGGCACCUGCCACCAGAGAUCUCUCUCGCACACAGAAAGCCAGGUGAACUGUUUACACAUCACACCUGACAGAUCCUAUUUCGUCGCCGGAGGAUACCAAUGCGUUAGGUUAUACGAUAUAAACUCAAAGAACAAUAAUCCCACCGUCACGUACGACGGAAUCCUGAAGAACGUCACAUCUUUGGGGAGCCAUGAAGACUUCUCAUUCAUGUUCACAACCGGGGAAGACGGCUCCGCCAGAAUAUGGGAUCCUAAAGAUUCAAGAGGGGGAAGUCAAUGCCAUCGAAUGUUCGAAGCGAAAGCUCCUUUGAACUUCGGUGUAUUGCACCCAAAUCAAACGUGCCUGUUCGUCAGUGAUCAGCAAGGCUCUAUAUAUAUGUGGGACCUGAGAAAUAAUUAUAACGACACCAUAGUUCUGAAUAAAGAAAGCUCUAUACAAUGCGUGGACAUCGACGCCCAGGCUAGAUACGCCUGUGCCGUCGAUAACAAGGGGUUCAUGUACUUCAUGCGACUGGAUGAGCCGGUUGGCGAAAAGUCUCCAUUUUUCAACGAGUUCCGAACCUCUUUGAAGAUAGCCGCUCACUCAAAGUACGGACUCAAAUGUAAAUUCAGCCCCGACGGACAGAGUGUCGUCACGACAUCGGCCGACACGACUGCCAAGGUCUGGGAUGUGCUCGAACUGGAGCGGCGGCUCGAUGAGCAAUGCAGCCUUAAUGUCGACGAGAUGGAGUUCAAGGAAGCCUCCAUGGAACCAAAGAUGGUACUGAAACGUGAAAACGUGCAGCGGUGGGUAUGGGACCUCGCCUUCACGAUGGACUCGGAAAACCUUUUCACGGCUUCCUCGGAUAACAUGGUCCGUCUCUGGAAUCUGAAGUCUGGCGAGGUUGUCAGGGAAUACACCGGUCACACGAAAGCUGUGAUCGCUCUAGCUUUCAUGGACAAGCCGGUCGAGUGAAUGGCCUGCUGAGGCUCUGCGGAUGAGGAUGCUCGACCUUUCAGGAGUUAGGCAAAUUAUGAAAAAUAAAGUCGCUCAAUUGAGUCGCCUCCGAGAA